AUGCCGCAACCAUUGAACUCCAAGGACCAGUCCUUGUUUCGUCAAGUGGUUCGCAACUUUGAGCUAAAGCAAUACAAGAAAGGCAUCAAAACGGCAGACCAGGUUCUCCGCAAGAACCCGAAACAUGGCGAUACCCAGGCGAUGAAGGCUCUGAUCAUGAGCAAUAUGGGGCAGUCAGAGGAGGCCUUUACACUGGCCAAGGAGGCCCUGCGUAAUGACAUGAAGUCGCACAUUACCUGGCAUGUUUACGGUCUCCUAUACCGACAGGAAAAGAACUACGAGGAAGCUAUCAAGGCAUACCGAUUUGCCUUGAGACUUGAACCUGAGUCUGCUCCUAUCCAACGGGAUCUGGCUCUGCUUCAGAUGCAGAUGCGUGACUUCCAGGGUUAUAUUCAAACUCGCACGGCAAUGCUGCAGGCGCGUCCUGGCGUGCGACAGAACUGGACAGCGCUGGCGAUCGCUCAUCAUUUGUCCGGGGAUUUGGAGGAGGCCGAGAAGGUGCUGACCACAUAUGAAGACACAUUGAAGGGAACCCCACCUAUUGCGGAUAUGGAGCACUCCGAGGCCGUGUUGUACAAGAACAGCAUUAUCGCGGAGUCAGGCAACCUUGAAAGAGCUCUUGAGCACCUCGAGAAAGUGGGAUACCGGUGUACAGAUGUUCUUGCGGUCAUGGAGAUGAAGGCUGACUACCUCCUUCGACUUGGACCUGACCGCAAGGCUGAGGCCGAGGCGGCAUACACUGCGCUUCUGGAGCGGAACCCCGAGAAUUCAAUCUACUACAACGGUUUGAUACAGGCGAAGGGUAUUGCCGAGACCGAUCACAAGGCGUUAAAGGCUCUGUACGACGAGUGGGUGGAGAAGAACCCGCGUGGUGAUGCGGCUCGCCGUAUUCCGCUCGAUAUCCUAGAAGGUGAAGAUUUCAAGCAAGCCGCCGACGUUUACCUGCAGCGGAUGCUGAAGAAGGGAGUCCCAUCCCUUUUCGCCAACAUCAAGUCCUUGUACAGCAACCCUGCCAAGCGUGACGUAGUGCAGGCACUAGUGGAAGGGUAUGUCGCCAGCAGCUCGGCGCAAGCAAACGGCUCUACUGAAUCCAAGGAGAAAGAUUUCUUGGAAUCGUCUUACUACUUCUUGGCCCAACACUACAACUACCACCUCAGCCGCAACAUUCCAAAGGCCUUGGAGUACGUCGACAAGGUCAUUGAGCUAUCACCAAAGGCUGUGGAAUACCAGAUGACCAAGGCACGGAUCUGGAAGCACCUUGGCAACCCGGCCAGGGCAGCAGAGGAGAUGGAGAAGGCCCGCCUGUUGGACGAGAAGGACCGCCACAUCAACACCAAGGCUGCCAAAUACCAGCUCCGCAACAACGAGAACGAGAAAGCUCUGGACAACAUGAGCAAGUUCACGCGUAAUGAGACCGUUGGUGGGGCAAUGGGUGACCUUCACGAGAUGCAAUGCCUGUGGUACCUCACUGAGGAUGGUGAGGCAUACCUACGCCAGAAGAAGCUGGCUCUGGCACUCAAGCGUCUCCACGCUGUCUACAACAUCUUUGAGACCUGGCAGGAGGACCAAUUCGAUUUCCACAGCUUCUCUCUGCGCAAAGGUAUGAUCCGUGCUUAUGUCGAUAUGGUGCGUUGGGAAGAUCGUCUGCGGGAGCACCCCUUCUACACUCGCAUGGCCGCCUCUGCCAUCAAGGCAUACAUCCUCCUCCACGACCAGCCUGAUCUCGCCCAUGGACCGAUGCCCACCAUUGUCAACGGCACCGAGGGAUUGAGCGAAGAGGAGAAGAAGAAGGCUCUCAAGAAGGCCAAGAAGGAACAGCAGCGCUUGGAGAAGAUCGAGUCCGAUAAGCGCGAGGCAAGAAAGGCUGCUGCAGCCAAUGCUAAGAGUGUCGAUGGAGAGGCGAAGAAGGAGGACGCCGAUCCUUUCGGCAACACCCUAGUGCAGACCAAGGAUCCCCUCAAGGAGGCUAUGAAGUUCUUGACACCCCUCCUCGACCUGAGCUCCCAGCACAUUGAGUCUCAGAUCCUCGGUUUCGAGGUUUACCUCCGCAGAAACAAGCACAUCCUUGCUGUGAAGUGUCUCUCAGCUGCCCACGCUAUCGACCCCUCUAACCCCACUCUCCACCUGCAGCUAUUGCAAUUUCGCAAGGCUCUCGACAAGCCUGCCGAACCCCUUGACCCUAAGGUUGCCGAGGUUGUUAACGCCGAAUUUGAGAAGCUUCUCCCCAAGUCCCAAAACCUCGAGGAGUUCAACGAGUCUUUCCUGUCUGCCAACAAGGGUAGUGCCCCGCAUGUGCAAGCCGCUUUGUCUGGCCGUAUUUUCCUGAACGCGGACUCGAAGGUGCAGUGCGAGAAGGAUCUCUUGGCCACCCUCGACUCAUCUGAUAUCACCAUCGAUGAAGCCGUUCCUGCCCUCGAUCUUCUGACCAAGUGGGGUUGCGAUAAAUCCGCCUAUGCGGAGAAGGCGAGCAAGAAGUGGCCCGAGUCUUCCGUAUUCCAGCUGAAUUAG